AGAUGAAAUGAAGCAAAUAAAAGAAGACAAAAAAUAAUUGAAUGUAAAAGAGAGAGCAUGGGAUCUGAGACUGAGACAACAGACAUAGAGAGGGAAGAGAGAGAGAGUUAGACGCUGAAUACGGUUAUUGUGCCCCCUGCGCUCCGUUUUACACUCAAAAGGACCUCAUGUCUAACAUAGAGGAUAACAAAGAUCUCGGACAGAUGGAUGUGGAUGCAUCUAAUGAGUCAGUUAACACCAUGCCAUCAUCCCAGAAGCAGGAAGAGGCUGUAAAGAAAAAAUAUGGAGGAAUGCUGCCCAAAAAGCCACCACUCAUAUCUAAGGACCAUGAGCGUGCUUACUUUGAUUCUGCUGACUGGGCACUUGGAAAGCAAGGGGGUGAGAAGCCUAAGGGACCACUUGAGGCUCUUCGGCCUAAGUUACAGCCGACGCAGCAGCAAACACGUUACCGGAAAUCUCCCUAUGCUCCUUCAGGAGAAGAAGGGGGAAGUGUUCCAGCAGAGGAUGCACCUUCCACUACUGAGUAAGCAGCAAUCAGUCUUUUGAUGAUGUGCUGACUAUUGUUCUAAUACCUGAGUGACUAGGUUUCACUAUUUGUUGUUUUCAACAAUAAAGGAAGUUUAUCAUGUAUUCAUAUUAGCACAAGACAUAAUAUUUGACAUCCAAAUGUACUCAAUAGAGAUUUACUUGGGAUUAUGAUUUUGUGUUUUGCUCUC